AUGCUUUCAUGGCACCACCUCCUCAAGGCUCCUGUCUUCCUCUCCGGCCUCAUCGUCAACGCCAUAUUGGCCUUCUUCCUGCUUUGGGCCGUGAGGACUGGCCAUGACGCACGUGUCUGGUUGCCCCUUGUCAUCUCAAUGGUGAUCAUCGGUAUCAUCCAGGGCGCCUCAGUCAUGGCAUUUCUGUGCCUCGAGCCAGAGCCAGAGCCAGAGCCAGAGCCAGAGCCAGACGUCAAUCGUGCCCUGGAUGAUAUCAAUGCCAUCCCAAUGUUUGAGUUAGAGCUCGCCAGCUCCUCCGAAUCCGAAGAAGACGACUAG